CAUAUUUAUACCAUUAUUCUUCUUAUUAUUAUCUUCCAUUGCAAAAAAUUGUUUACUGUACAUACCAAACCCCAACACUCUCUGCCUUGUCUCACACCCAAAAAAAAAAAAGCAAAGCAAAGAGAGAGGAGAGAGAUUACCAAUUUUUGUGAUUUUGUUGUAAAACUUCCUCCAUUUUUAUAUUUUUUCACAAAUUUGUCAAAUGUUUUUUAGUUGGGUUUUCUGUCUCUUCUAUGUUUUCUGCUAAUUCCAUUUGACCAAAAAGACAUAGAUUACAUACAUACAUAUAUACAGAAACCCAGAAAAAAAGCGAGAAAAAGAUAGAAAGAAUUAGAAGAACAAAAAGAAACAAAAAAGAAGAAGAAGAAGAAAAAUGAGUUGUUUUUUUGGGGGUUGUGGAAAUCCUAACAAGAAGAAACGAUCAGAGAAACUUAUGCAUAAUUCUAAACAAAUUAUUGAUACUAAUUAUAAAAAUAGAGCUGAAGAUCGAACAUCUUCUACUUCAGAAUCAGCUGCUAAGCAACAAUUGGACUCCAAAAGAAAUGUAAAUGUAAAUGAGGAGACUAGGGAAGUGGUUUCAUCUUCAGAUGCUGGUGAACCGGGUGUGAUAAUUGUUAGUGUGGAUGGAGAGACAAGUAGCUCGAAGGCGCGGACAUUUACAUACCAAGAGCUUGUGGAUGCAACCGAUAACUUUCGAUCAGAUUGCUUUCUGGGAGAGGGUGGCUUUGGUAAAGUUUAUAAAGGGCAAUUGACGGACACUAGUGAGGUGGUUGCAAUCAAGAGACUUGAUCGUAAUGGAUUACAGGGCAUCAGGGAAUUUGUUGUGGAAGUAUUGACACUUAGUCUAGCAGAUCACCCUAAUCUUGUAAAAUUAAUUGGGUAUUGCGCCGAGGGUGAUCAGAGGCUUUUGGUGUAUGAGUACAUGCCGCUAGGAUCUUUGGAAAGCCAUCUACAUGGCAUCCCAUCCAAUAAGAAGGCUCUUGAUUGGAAUGUAAGGAUGAAGAUAGCUGCUGGGGCAGCUCGGGGAUUAGAAUACUUGCACGAUAAGAUGAAGCCGCCUGUAAUAUACCGUGAUUUGAAAUGCUCAAACAUCUUGCUUGGCGAGGGCUAUCACCCUAAACUGUCAGAUUUUGGAUUGGCCAAAGUGGGUCCAAGUGGUGAUAAGACCCAUGUAUCCACUCGGGUUAUGGGUACAUACGGUUAUUGUGCACCAGAUUAUGCAAUGACGGGUCAGCUGACUUUUAAAUCAGAUAUAUACAGCUUUGGUGUUUUUCUACUGGAGAUUAUCACAGGAAAAAAGGCAAUUAUUGAAUUGGAAGGUGGUAGAGAACAGAAUCUGGUUGCAUGGGCGAGACCUUUGUUCAAAGACAGGAGGAAAUUUUGUCAAAUGGCUGACCCGACACUUCAAGGUCAAUAUCCCACGAGAGGAUUGUAUCAAGCUCUUGCCAUUGCUGCAAUGUGUGUUCAAGAGCAACCUACUAUGAGGCCUCUUGUAGCUGAUGUGGUCACUGCUCUAAAUUACCUUGCAUCUCAGAUCUAUGAUCCUCAGGCUCCCAACCAUCGAAAAACACCGUCUUCCUCUAAUACAGAAAAAGAUUCCAGUAACCACAGUAAGAAGCCUGAAGCUGAAGACGACAGCCAAAGUGAGAAUGAUUCAGAAGGCUAGAAGAUGGAAAUCAAAUAUAUCCAGUAUAGUUCUUACAUAUAAGAAAAGAGAGAAGUUUUCUUUUUUGAUAUUGUUCAUACGAGUGGGCGCUCUGUUAUCGAAUUUUGUAACUUGCAGAUAACAGGUGCAACUUCAACCAUAUUGACUGGGAAGGACAGGAGUCUCUCGACCUCGCCCUCUCUGAUGUGUACAUGUGAAUGUGAUCUGUGGAUUUUUUUGUAUGUAAGAUGCCUAUAUUUGUAGGUAGUGAUCAUCUUAGAGCGAAAUAUUAUCAUUGUCAAUAAUAAUAAAAAUAGUACUAAUAACUGACGAUGGUAGUCCUUCGUGUCGCCUCUCUUAUUCUUUGACGCGGAAAAUCUGAGAUUACUGAUUGAAGUUGAUAUUAAGUGU